AUGACUGAGCCAACACCAACACCCCCCUGCCCACCAUUCAACUACACAAAAUAUGAAGUCGACGACUACGACAUCCCCUACGAAACACAUCUCACAAGCCAACCCCCUGGCAGCGUGCAAUAUAAGCACGUCGCAAAUGGAUCCUACGUCAUCCAACCGACCUCAGCCCUCCCACCACCAUACGGACCAUCACCAUCACCACCACUGGUAACAACAACAACCUCAACCACAGAUCCCACCACGCCCAAAAUCCUACUAAUCCAGCGCGCCGCACACGACUCAUGGCCGAAUCGGUGGGAAAUCCCCGGCGGGGCAUGUGACCCGGGCGAGGCGAGCAUGCUGGACAGCGUGGCGCGCGAACUCUGGGAGGAAGCGGGACUGACGGCGACGCGUGUCGGGCCGCUCGUGGGCGGGACGAAGCAUUUAUUCACGACGCGCACGGGGAACUUGGUCUGCCGCUUUAGUUUUUUGGUUGAUGUGCUGAAGAAGACGCCAGAGGCUGCGUUGGAGGUCACGCUUGAUCCAAAUGAGCAUCAGGCUUUCGUGUGGGCGACGGAGGAGGAGGUCAGAGUCGGGAGGGUUGGGGAUGUGGAGUUGGUGUUUACGAAUCAGGCGACGAGGGAAGGUGUGAUGGAGGCUUUCCGGGUGUGGAACGAGUUGCGUCAAGGAACCCCCACGGUUUGA